AUAAAAAUUAUUUGCUUUUCUUCCACGGGCAUGCGAAAGUAUCUCUACCAUCGGAAGCAAAAUUGCUUCAGAUGUUGUAAGAGAUAGGUCGCUACCGUUGCUCCCAGAAUCGAAUCCCAUCUCCCCUUCAAAUGCUCCGGAGCGGGAGCGCAACGCGUGCGCAAUUCUCGACUCGUUCGUGCUGAAGCAAGCCGCUCUAGAUUCGUGCUCCUCGAUCAUCCGGGCGCUUUCAUGACGGACUUCACGCGAUGAGCUCCUCUAGACUCGCUUCGAAAACCUCGUCUUUGGACGACCUCAAUUUGCUGCUGCAAAGAUGCAUGAAAGCCAAGUCCCUGUCGCUGUCCAGGCAAGCCCAUGCCGUGUUGGUCACCACCGGGGCCGGCCGCUCUUCCCCGUCCUUGAGUUCGACCCUCGUCGGCUCGUACGGGGGGUGCGGCGACUCGAGCUCCGCGAAGCUCGUGUUCGACGCGAUUCGGCACCCCAGCGUCUUCGCGCUGAAUUGGAUGGUCUCGAUCUCGGCGUUCAAUGGGGAUCACGAGGGGGCAUUUGGGUACUUCGCUUCGAUGCAGAAACUGGGCAGGACGUGCAAUAAGUUCACGUUCUCCAUCCUGCUCAAAGCUUGCAUUGCCGUGAUGGAUGUGUUUAAGGGGAGAGAAAUUCACGGGGCUGUGUACAGAAUGUAUUUACAGGAUGACGUGUCUGUAGCGAAUUCUUUGAUAGAUAUGUAUGGUAAAUGUGGGCGGUUGGAUCUUGCACAUAAGGUGUUUGGCAAGAUGCUUACAAGAGAUGUAGUUUCUUGGACGUCGAUGAUUUGUGGGUAUUGCCAUGCGGGUAAGAUGGAAGAAGCUGUCCAGCUGUUCGAGCAAAUGAGAAGGGAAGGGCUAAAACCAAAUGACUUUACAUGGAACGCCAUGAUAGCUGGUUACGCUAGGACCGGAGAUAGAAAUGGGACGAUGGCACUCUUGAAUGGGAUGAAAAAUGAGGGGCUGAUUCCCGAUCUGGUCACUUGGAAUGCGUUAAUUUCUGGUUUUGUUCAGGGCAACCAAGUCCAAGAAGCUUUGAAACUUUUUCAGGAAAUGUUGGUGUCAGGGGUUAAACCAAAUCAAGUCACGGUCACGGGUCUUCUCCCAGGAUGUGGAUCUACGGUUACAAUAAACAGAGGGAGAGAAAUUCAUGGUUUGAUUUACAGAAUGGGACUUGAUAUGAAUGUAUACGUGGCUAGUGCUCUUAUUGACAUGUAUUCAAAAUGUGGGUGUGUCAAGGAUGCCUCCAAUGUUUUUGACAUGGUAACUGUCAAGAAUGUGGCUUCUUGGAAUGCAAUGAUCGGGUGUUAUGGCAAGCAUGGCAUGGUUGAUCGGGCUCUUCUGCUGUUUGAGGAAAUGAACGACAGAAAUAUCCAGCCAAAUGAAGUGACUCUGGUUUCUGUUCUUUCUGCUUGCAGCCAUGGUGGCUUACUGGAGAAAGGUUUACAAAUUUUUAGAUCCAUUAAAGAGGAUUAUGGUGUUAGUCCUCGAAAAGAACACUUCGCAUGUGUGGUUGAUCUUUUGUGCCGUUGUGGUAGGAUGGCAGAAGCUUACAAUUUGUUGAAGGAGAUGCCAGUAGAUGUCACCGAUUCAAUGCUUGGAGCCUUUUUUAACGGGUGCUCAAUUCAUAGAAGAAAUGAUUUGGCUCAACUAGUCGCUGAUGAUAUUGCGAACAAGAGGUUGAAAAGACCUGGGGGUCUUGUGACACUGUCGAAUAUUCUUGCAGCCGGUGGAGGAUGGGAGGGGGUUGAGAAUGUUCGAGAUGUGAUGAGGGAGGAAAGGAUCCAUAAGGAACCUGGCUACAGUUGGAUUUGGAAGGGGGACUCUGUGCUGGAGCUGUGAUAGAACACAGUAUACUGGAGCAGGAACGAGAUGUUACAAGAUGGCGGUCUGCUCUUGUCAACUCCUACCACGAAGAACCUUGAGUAAUGGAUGGAAUGUGCACAACUCAUCCUAAAGCAUCAGAACGGCAGAAAAUUGAAGAUACAUAUCCCCUGUUCUGGAUUGCGGCCGUCGCCGCUCCUUUUAAUUUGUUGUUCCUCACAACUUGUUUGUCAGGAGGUGAAGUAUGUGACCCAUUGCAGGAACAAACUGCAAGCAAAAGAACUUGCAAAAACUCUUCUGUGAUGGGUAAUACUCAUGGCAUCUACAGACUACAAAAUUCCGGUGGAGCUGUUUGUGGUUCAAGUGCCGAAGAGAGGUUUUGUCAGGUAACCAUUGUCUCGAUUGGGACCGCAUCAGAACAAGAAAUAUAUUGGUCGUAUAUAUUUCUGGAUCACAAUCACAAUGGUCCUCCCUUAAAUCAAUUGCUAUUCUCAAUCGCUUUAUUACAUUAAUAUUCAAAACUCCAAAUCUUAAAUUUUUAAGAUUAAUAAAAGAAUAUGGUUGUCUGUUAUCUCUAAACUGGUUAUUUUAUUUACUUUGAGUGGCUUUCUGUUGUCGAUGAAAAGUAGAUUUAUUAAACAAGACUAGCGCAGUGGUCCCCAUAUCACUCGUUUUUUAUACACGAAAGAGAUUUAGAAUCUUAUUAGUCAUAAUAUUUGGGUAAUAUAAUUUUGCUUUCUUUAACUUAGAUGUUAUUCAAAUUUAUCUAUAUUACGGCCUAAAGGACAAGUGUCCAGAUCCAACUUCAAAUUCAAAUUGUUAUAAGGAAAGACAUGAAUACACGUAAAAUCACUUUAAAUAUAUUUAACUUGUUUGAUCAAAUUCAAAUAUUUUUAUACUGACCCGAAACAAUCAAAAGCGAAAGCAAAAUUGAAACUGACCUCUAUCAAACUUGUUUGAUAUCCAAGAGGACUCAAGGUCACCAGUGACCGAACCGAUCUUCAUUUGCAUUUAUAAAGUAAAUAAUUCGAAACGGACCAAAUUGGGAUGAUUCAAGCCGGCCAUCUUGAACUUAAAAUUUUAUAAAACGAAAUGACCCAUAUGUUCAAGUAUAAUCCAUAAUUGAAGUCAUCCUAAUCGAAACGAUCCAAUUAUACUCUUUUCAUAUAACAAUUUCGUAUUGUUAGUCAUAAUGGCUAUAGAAUUUGUCAAAUCUUAUCUUUUUACAUCCAAUCAAGAAGAGAUCGGCUUACAUAAUAAAAAUAAAAAAAAAGGAAUAGCUUAUCGCAUUAUUUUAGUAGUAAAUUUCAUGAAAAGGUCUUGGUACCUCAUUAUUCAGAACUUGGAUGAUUUCUCGGGGAAAAAAAUUCAAACGAAGCAAUAAGCAAGGAAAAGGACACGAGGGAGCCAUUCACAUUUCACAAAUGAUAGCAGCAUGUUACUCCAAAGUCUUCGUCAGCCUACAUAUCCAAUCAGUGAAUAUCCUGUCACCCUCUCUCUUCUCUCUCUCUCUCGUUGGCUUCGAGUGUCGAGUCCUUUGUAUUCCGUUUCUCUCACUUCGGUCACUUCUCUUUGGAGGAUUCACCAGUUUUGCGGAUACUGAAGUACUUGACCUGCCGAUCCUCGGCAUCUUCGAGGCCUGAAGUUUCUUCAUCUGGGCAUGCAAUCUUUCCUCCUGUGACCCGCUCCCUCUUGCCAAAAUCAAGCCGAUGGAUGUGUCAUGAUGCGAUGCGAUUGAAGCUCGUGUGUGGGGUGUAUCAGAUGCCUGUUUAGACAUCGGUGUUGUCACUCUUGAAUGAUGCGUAAGGGAAGAGGAAAGGCGAAGAAGGUAACUUCCAGCAACCAUGAAGAUCCAGGAAGUGGCAAGGAAGAAAAACCACCGGCUCAGAAGAGGAGAGGGAGACCACAGAAGGUCUUGAGGGAUGAAUUGGACAAGGGAGAAGUAGAAAAGAUAGAAGAGGAAGAUGGUGGUGAUGCAAAGCUGAGUAUCUCUAGCAAAGAAAAGGAAGACCGAACUUCAUCGGAGAAUGGGAAGAAGAGGAAACGUAACUCACAGGUAAGAGGGAAACUGGAUUUGGUGAAAGAGGAGAAAGGCAUUAGUACAAGAUCAAGUGGCGAUGAUAUGACCAAGUUGAAUGGAUUCCGGCAUAAUGGAAGCAGGCGUAAAAGCAAACCUCGCCGAGCUGCUGAAGUAGGGGUGGAAUGCAAGUGAGAUACUGGGGGCUAGAUUGAAGUUGUUCAGGAUGUCUUCUGUUUGCCUUUGGCGGAUAAAGCUUUUCGCUUUUGCCUGGUGAAUACUGAUGAAGCUCUCUAUUUCCAUGUUUUCGGGGUUAUUAUUAUCCUUUUUUAGGCUAAUUCCCUUACUUGAUCUCUCCUUGGUCUGGUAGAGCUUUCAUAGCAUUUACAGCUCUGUAGUUAGUGAUAGCUUUUUCCGGUUGAGUACUUCAUCAGCUUUGUUAAUAUGUCAUUUGCAAGCAUGUUUAUCCAGUCACUGUUACAUUUGCCCAAGUAAUAUUCUGGUGAUCCUUUUCAUCAUAUUUUCUUGUUUC